GGUUAGAGGUCACUGCAGAAAACAUGGCUGCCCCCAGUAAGGCGACCGUGGUGCUGAAGGCUGUGAAGAAAAUAACGGUUCGGUUUUGUCCGUUUGAGUCCAAUGUCCGGUCCACACGGGAGUUUCUGGCCGUGGUGGGCUCGGAGAAGGCCAGGUCUACCAACAUGAACUGUGAGGUGAUACCCAUGGUGAAACAUGACAAGUCUGAGCCAGUAGUGGAUAUUACUUAUGUGGAUGGAGAACGGCUGGUGAUGAAGGGAGAAAAGCUGACCAGCAGCGAGAUGCUGAGCGCAUUUCGGUCACGCUGCAUAGCCAAGGACCCACAGGCCAAAGGUGCAGCGAAGAAGUGAUCAUCUGCAUGUUGAAUAUGCGUGUGUUGAAUUUAUUUGUAUUUAUCUGUGUACAUUCUUGGAUGUUUAUAAUAAAAGUAUCUCAUUUAAAUGUG